CGCGUUUUCUCACUUACUAUCGUUUCUUUCUUGUACGCUCCUAACAACAUACAUAAGCCUCCAACUUAGACACCUUCCUUUUCCUUAAAGGUUCCAACAUCAUGUUGUGUUUUCAGUUUUUCAUGUUACAUAAUUUUCUACUAUUAUCUUCAACUCAGUUGGAUUGGUCUAUGAUGCAUGACAUCAUUGACUUUGCACCUUAAACUCGCCAAGACCAAUUACAACUACAAAGAAUUAAUCAACACAAGGUUCAAGUUCAUCUCAGGAUCAGAACAAACAACAAAAAUAACAAAAAAAAUCUCUUUUUUCUAUGAUGGGUCUCUGACUUCUGCUGAUUAAGUGAAGCUUUGAUCUUGUGCUAGUUUUCUGCAAGAUGAAAUUUUCAUAGAGAUCAUAGAAUGGUUAAGCAAGCUGAUUUAGUCAUCAUAUGUGUCACUGUUGGUGUGGCCCUUGGAGUUCUCAUAGCUUGCGCCACAUUCUUCGCCGCGAGAUGGUACAAGAAGCGCAUUCGACUCAUAAGAUCUGCAAAUGAUCCUGGUUCAACAACUCUUCCAAUAAGAACAAAUGGAUUAGGAGCAAGCACUGAAAUUAGUGCUUCUCUCACAAGUUCCAUAGCCAUUUCAGGAUCAGAUAAUCUACAAAGGAAGACAAAUUAUUUCGGUUGGUGGAAUCAUCAAACUAAGGAUCCAAUUUCCCCUGCUUCUGGAAUUCUGAAGUACUCUUACAAAGAAAUUCAAAAGGCCACAAAGAAUUUCACAAAUACAUUAGGAGAAGGAUCAUUUGGCACAGUUUAUAAAGCCACAAUGGCUACAGGAGAGGUGGUAGCUGUGAAGAUGCUUGCUCCCAACUCCAAACAAGGAGAGAAAGAGUUCCAGACAGAGGUACUUCUGCUAGGAAGACUGCAUCAUCGGAAUCUUGUGAACUUGUUAGGAUACUGUGUAGAUAAAGGACAGCGUAUGUUGGUUUAUGAAUUCAUGAGUAAUGGAAGUUUAUCAAACCUUUUAUAUGAUGAAGACAAGGAUCUAAGUUGGGAUGACAGGCUGCAGAUUGCUGUUGAUAUUUCACAUGGAAUUCAAUACCUUCAUGAAGGAGCAGUCCCACCAGUGAUACAUCGCGAUUUGAAAUCGGCCAACAUACUUCUAGAUCACUCCAUGAGAGCUAAGGUGGCUGAUUUUGGGCUAUCAAAGGAAGAGGUAUUUGAUGACCACAAAUCUGGCCUUAAAGGCACAUAUGGCUAUAUGGAUCCAGCAUACAUCUCCACAAGCAAGUUCACAAUGAAGAGUGACAUUUACAGUUUUGGUAUAAUAAUCUUUGAGCUCAUUACUGCCAUCCACCCCCAUCAAAAUUUGAUGGAAUACAUCAACCUUGCUGCAAUGGACUAUGACGGCAUAGAUGGUAUUAUUGAGACACAACUUGUGGGGAAAUGCAACCUUGAAGAAGUAAGGAAGCUGGCCAAAAUUGCUCACAAAUGUUUGCAUAAAUCACCUAGGAAAAGACCCUCUAUUGGUGAAAUAUCACAAGGUAUAAUGAUGAUUAAGCAAAGGCGCCUUGUGAAGGAAGACACCAUGUCAUUUGCAAGCAGUAACUACUCAAGAACUUUGAGUAGGAUAGAGGAUCAACAAGUUGAGUUAAGUAGGAUAGCCACCACCAUGAACCAAAGAGAAGGUAGAUGAAAUCAUAAUUGAGGUAGCACUUAGGUUCAGUAAUAGUUUUUAGGACUUCUGUAGCCCUGUCAUAACCAAAGUUGAUGGGGUGGUAUGGAAUUAAUGAAUCAACUACUACUAACUUGAAUACAUGGAAAAGAAUUUUCAAUUUUUAAUAUGUGCAGUAUUUUGUUGACAAUUUUAAUAUAAGGAGUAGAUUACCCCCA